ACCCACAAAGUACGGAGGAAGCCCUCAAUUAUGCAAGCCUAAGAAGGUACGUGUAUUGUAGUCUCCUUUGUAGGAGAUGCAGCGAACAAUAUGACUGCCUUUGGGCUGGCUAUAAGCACGCGACGCGCAUGUGACACGAUCACGCACGUGGCGAGUGGCUCCUGUAAUACUCGUUCAUCUACUCUUUCUGCUGCCACAAAGACUACCGCUCCGCCCAUUCUUGACAUCGUCUCCUUGAACGAUGUCUACUUGGCGUACAAAUCCACGGUACCCUGUACCUACACCAGCGUCCCUACGUGCGCCGAUAUACAAUCCGUAUGACAAAUUCACCGCGACACAGUUCAACGCGUGGAUUGGAGAUCUCACGAGCCAGCUCAAACGAGCUUUGGGUCGUGAAGAACCUCCUCCUGCGACAGAACAUGCGGAAGAACAACCUGCGCCAGGUGAUGUGUCGACUUACGAAGACGGGGCCGCCGAAGAUUCAUUUGCUGAAGUGAAGGCGCGUCGUGCCGCGAAGGGCAAGGAACGAGCUCAGGACUACGAAGAAGAAGUGUCCGAAGUCUCAGGCGAGGACUAUGGCUCCGAAGAGGAGGAAUAUGAGGAAGAACAACAACAACAGCAACGUUUAGGGUGGUCAGAGGCUCGCUGGGAUCACGCGAAUGGAGACGGCCCAGGCCCAUAUGACCAAGAUGCAGGAAGUGAAGAAGAAGGCUCUGACAUUAUGGAGGAAACCGGCGUGCAUGAAGCGGAGGUGAUCGAAAUACUUUCAGAUGAGGAAGAACCUGAACCUCGUGCCCCUGUGCGCCCCGUUCCUCAAGGACUCGAGAACGAGGAUGAAGGUGAAGGUGAAGGCUACGAUGAAGAGUAUGAAGAGGACGAGCUUCGGAGCAGCCCACCACGGCCUCCCAUUGAUCAAGACUUAGGUUAUCGCAUCCAGCGGGGUGAAGUAGAGGAUGAGUACGAAGAAGACGAAGUCGAGGGCGAGGUGGAAGAUCUUGAGCCCCCUCAAGGAAAGCCUGGUGAAGGAGAAGUGGAAAUCCCUGAUGCAUGGCAAGGCCCGAGUACUUAUGCAGAAGACUUCUACUCUGGAGGAGACCUCCCUCCCAAUGCUUCUCAAGUUGGUAGCAUACAUUUGCUGCCUACUGAAGCAGAUGCAGUAGAUCUUGAAGAAGAGAUAGAAGGCCCUGACGAAGAGAACGAAGAAUUUUCGCCGAGACAGCCUCGAGAUGUUGAAAUUCCUGACGCUUGGGAUGGCCCUCGGACUUACGCAGAAGACUUCUACGCUGGUGGCGAACUUCGUGACGAUCCAUCUAAGCUUACGCCUUUCCAUUUGACCCCUCAGGUUCUCACACCUCUCAGGGAAGAGGAGACUGUCACUCCUGCUGGCACCGAGUCUCAUGAACAUGAAGUGAUCGACGUCGACGAAGAAGAAGUUGAGGCAGAUGCAGAAAUAACUCAAGUCAGCAGGCGGGCUCGUUCUGGUUCACCCAUUCACGAAGAAGACUUUGACGCUUCGGCCUUGGACAACAUCUAUGCUCAGCUGGAUGAAGAUGAAGAAGCUGAAGUUGGGUACGCAGAGGUCGCCGAAACCGAAGAUGUCUUGGAGAAGUCUGCAACUUCAUUCAUGCGGGGCAGUGCUUCUUCUCCUAACCGAAGUAAGCACGAACGGCCUUCUGAGCCUCGAGUUUCACCAAGUGGCCAUGUUGACUGGAACUAUCCUCCUGCGUUCUCUUCAGGCCGGAUGGCUUCACGGUCAGGACACCUCAAGACUCCUGAAGAUGAACAACAACGAGAAGAGCAGGAGAUUCUCGAAAUUAGUGACGAUGACGAGGAGGACAACGAUGUUGGUCCUAUACCGCUGGGUACGAGUGAUCUCGACAUUCACCAUGACCAUGUCGACAUGCCCAGCGACGAUUCAUACGUCGAUCCGAAUGACGUUCUCGACGCCGCAUCUGCGAAAUUGCAAGAUGACGGUAAGAUUAAUCAGGAGCCUCUUCCAGUUUCACCCGAUGUUGCAACUGGCGAGCAAUUACCACCUCAUCACGAUGACGCAUCAGCGCCCCCGAUGGACGAAGCUGCGAUAUAUGCAGAACUUGAAGAGAUGUAUACGAUGCAUGACGAAUUCGUCGACGUCGAAAACAGGGGCGUGGCAGAGGCUUCAUUCGAUGCUGACACAUCCAUGAAUGUUGGCUUCGCUGAAGCUCAAGCCGAGUCUGGAGUUGUCGAUGAUAGUCUGCCUGAUCAGGCCGAUGUGCUCGGGUUCCUUGCCAGUUUCACAAAUGCCACAAACGCACCGGAAGUGGUUGUUGCUGCUGAAGAUGUACAAGAACUCCCGGGGCCCGAUACUCGAUCGCUUGAGGAGCAAAUCGAGUUGGCGACCGAUGAAAUACUUCAUGCCGAAAGUGAAUUCGUAGAGCAAUUACGAAGUCAAGCUGAGGCACCAGGACCUGCUCCCGAAGAGUUUCAGGCGCAGCUGAACUACGUUGUUACCGAAGUCCUGUCAGAGAAUGACAGACUCGAUAACAUACCUGAUGUCGUUAGUUUCGACAUCAUGACCGAUGCUGGUGGCGACAUGCUUCCGGUACCUUGGGACUUCACUGUGGAAGAGCCGAUGACAGAAGGCAGGCGAACUGAGGAACCAUCUUCAAUCGCUUCGUCUUAUGAGACCAGCCCAGUACCGGUAGAAGAGUCCAUCCAGGUUGAAUCAUCUGCUGAGGUAUCUCUCGAGACUCAAGAACAAGAAUCUGAAGCCAUGAACCUUGUCGAAGAAGUUCUUGCACCCGACGUAACGACACAAGAGACAGAAGACGAGAACGAGGUGCACGGAAUGUUCUUCAUGCCUGAGUUUAUCCCUGAGCAGGGCGCUCCGUACGUUGUGAUGGAGAUGGAAGAGCAGCAAAUUGUCGACGAGAUCGUGGCCGCUAUCGAUGUAGUGACCGACGUUGGUACCCGACCUAUCACCCCUACUGACUUCUCCGUAGAGGAGGCUGUUACGGAGGGAAGGCGGACUGAGGAGCCUGACUUUAUCGUGACGUCUCUGACACCCAGUCCUGGCCCAGUACAACCCGAUAUCAUCUCUAGCGUUGCAACUGAACCCUUGGACGCAGAGUCCGCAAUCCGUGAUAUCACUUCACAUAGCUCCGGCUUGAAGUAUGUCGUCGCCGACGCGGAGAGUGAAGAUGAACGUCCUCGGCGACGCAGAUAUCGUUUCGUUCAUACUCCUAGCCCGUCUAGGGAGGACCUUGCAAAAGCGAGAGCUUCUUCACUUUCAGCACGUGGGUCAAUUGCGUCGCUCGAUGUCAAUGCGGCAGCGGACGCAGGUCAGGCAUCAGUUGAGGCAAACGAAACUCAUGGAAAACUGGAAUUGGAGUCUGCUACGACCGGCAUUCCUGCGGUGACCGUUUCUUCUGAACAGAUCGAAGAGAAGGGUCCUCCUGACGAACACCUGAAACCCUCCUCGGCCUCUCCUCACGAAGAACUACAUCUGCUGGAGUCGGGAAUUCCCAUGCCCGUAUCCGCGGAUCCUGCCGUUCCUGAUCCUAUUAGCGAAGUGGGAACACCAAGUCCAGCCAGUCCUUCUUCAGACUUUAAUGGUGGUCAGCCGGAUUAUGCUGGUUCAUCGGGAGCUUCUCUGCGUGAACGUCUCGCGGCUACGCUUAUAAAGCGUAAUACCGGUCGCAGUCCCAGUGGCUUAUUUACUCCGCUUACAGAAGGUGAUGCCUCUCCCGCCUCUUCCGAACUGCAGCAGGAUGUACAAAUAGAUAACGACGCCACAGCGCCUCAAGAGAUUCCACUUGAGUCUCAGGUACAAGAUAGUGCUCAGGAUAAGACGGAUGUCGUUGCAGAGGAUACAGAUCAGGGAGUCUUGGAUGCCGGGACCAAAUCUAUGCACGUGGAGGACUUCCAAGACGAUGAAAGCAUUGCAUCGAGCAGACCCGACGACACUCGUGAUGUACAUCAUGACGACGUCGAUGCUGAUGGCGAUGUUGACCCUGAUUACAUCGAAAGGAGUCACGAACUCACAUCUGUGGACUUAUCACCACUGCCUAACCAAGAUAUAGGUCAAGACUCUUUCGAAGUCUCGGGCACAGAAGGUCAGGUCGUUGCUGAAACCGCAGAAGGGAAUACCCGCGAUGAUGAGGGACCAUCAGCAGAGAAUGAGCUCGCAUAUCCAGAGUCCGAUGUUGAACAGGAUGCUACUAUUGUUGACCAGCUCACACGGGUGGAUGAUACUGAAUCAGUAGCGAGUACUGAACAGGCAACGAAGGAACCUGAAGAACAUGGGGACGCUGUUUCCGAGUCGUCUCGUCCGUUGAAGCGGAAACGACGAAGUCCUCCCGCUGGCCCGCCUCGACUAACUCGCUCCAUGUCUACCAGGGGCAAGGACGAGGAGAUCAAAUCUGUUACAUCAAAGGGCAAGGGCAGGGCUUCAGAAAUGCCAGACGAUGGUGCUUCAGUUACUUCCAGCAUCGCCGAUGACAGUUCCGAGUUUCGAAUGGGACCGUCAACGAAAGGCUUUGCAAGGAGCCGAGGAACCUCUCGUGCUUCGUCUGUGGCUUCUAGCUUGCAAGAUACCGUAUCGGUUCCUAGCCAGCCUUCGCCAACAACAGACCGCGCGACAUCUACACUCCCGCUACCCUUCAUACAUACUAACGGUGUUCUCCACCACCAACACGGUCGACCACCAUCGCUACUCAAGCUACAGCCUGUGCAGCGUCCCCAGCCUCCGCCACCGUCACAUCCCUCACCAUCUCCGCCAUCACAACCUCAACCGUUACAUGAGAAACCUGAGACUCUUCCCACCGCUCCUACAGCCGCUCGCCUGUUACUCGGUCCAAUUGCCGUUUCCACAAAAUCAGCUUGCCUCGUGAGGAGAAGGGGCCCCGGAUAUUCUUCGUGGUCCCUGGUUGUUCUCUGAGUAAUGCUGAGCUGAUGGAAGAAGAGCAAAUCGUGGAUCAUGGAAUUGCAGUAGUUGAAAACGUCAACACGCUUGUUAGGGGCGUUGAGGGUUUGGGCUUCAACUCAUACCUGAUUGGCGCUUUACGGCAGCUGGUUGGUGUGGAUCUCUUACGAGAGGAGGAGAUAUUCUAUCUUCCUCAGCCAGGGGAGCAUUAUCGCCAAACCCGAAAGCCCAAACGCAAGCAUCGUGUAUCUAUUGACGGUCGUGCAUUGCCGACGUCAGGCUUGUCCGGGUCAGCUGUACAUCGACUCGCAGGUUCCAGCCACUCCCCAAUGAAGGUCCCACCCUCACAGGCUGAAUCUAUCUCCACCGUGGCCAGUUCAAGGGCUUUUGGCAGCCAAAAAUCUGGCAAACGGAGCGCCUCUAGAUCAGCCUCUGGCUCAACCAAGGCAUUAUCAGACAAUGAAGAAGCUCCUCCCCCAAAGCGCAAGAGGGGCCGGCCAAAGAAGGUGGACAAAGCUGCAGAAGAACCUAGUCAACUAUCUGCUGUUGCAAGUGCUUCAGCCAGUGUGGAGAGUAGACCUAAGGUUCGACGCAGCAGGCGUUUAGGUGCCGAUGCCGCUGCUUAUAAGCCGAACGAAAACGAGCGAGAAAGUUCCGAAGAAGAUGGCCCCGCUAAACGGAAGAAAGGCAAAAGGGGGGCGGCAGCCAAGGGGACGAAACGCAGUCGCACAGUCGAGACAACUGGUGAAGAUGGAGACAGGCCAGCUGCCGAAACCAAAAGACGCAGGGUUAGAGGUAGUUCAACUUGAUCAGUACACAGUUACGAUCUCUAGCAUACGUAUCUGUGAUUAAUCUACUGUACAUUCCUAAAUCUGUGAACUAGUCUAAUUCCAACGGAUACAAGAGUGUUUACAUCCCCU